GUUGGCUGGCUGGGUCGCGUGGUGUGCAUGUGCCUUUUUCUUUCCAAACCCAUCCAAGCUCCAAGAAGUCUCAUCGUUGUCGCCGUCUCCGCGUGCGUUCCCGCUCCCUUUCCCCCCCUCAACUCCUCCGCACCAAAACCCCACGUCCAGCAGCACCCGUGCUUGCUCUGUGUUCAACACAAGCCCUGAAAGUAGUCUUCCUGUUUGAAGCUCAUUGUUAAUCUCUUCGCGGAGGGACCAGAAACAGAACCAAAAAGAACCCAACAAAACCCAACUACCCGUUAACUUCCAAUCACCACCAAGCAUCAUGGCCAGCCAGACCGAAGCCGCCGCUGCUCAGCAGCAGCCCGCCCAGGCUCAAGCCCAGGCAACCCAGCAGCAACCCGCCCAGGCUCAAGCCCAGCCGCAGUUUGUCGCAGCUCAGCAGCAGGGCGAGGGUGCCGUUGGCGCCACGACCGCAGCCGCGCCCAUGCAGCAGCAGCCUCAGCAGGCGUUCCCUGGCGUCGCCGGCCCCGUCCCCGCCAACCCGCAGGGCGCUGCCGCGUCCCUGUACGUGGGCGACCUCUCGCCCCAGGUGAACGAGACGGAGCUGUUCAACCUCUUCUCCUCCAUUGGCAGCGUCAUGUCCGUGCGCGUGUGCCGCGACCAGAUCACCCGCAGCUCCCUCGGCUACGGCUACGUCAACUUCAACAAGGCCGAGGACGCCGAGGCCGCCAUGGGCCAGCUCAACUUCCACGACCUGCACGGUCGCCACAUCCGCAUCAUGAAGGUCGAGCGCGACCCCAAGAAGCGCCGCUCCGGCGUCGGCAACAUCUUCAUCAGCGGCCUGCCCGCGGACACCACCAGCGUCCACCUGCGCGACACCUUUGAGCAGUUUGGCAAGAUCCUCUCCUGCAAGGCCGUCCUGGACCACAGCGGCCGCUGCCGCGGCUUUGGCUUUGUGCACUUUGAGGACCCCAAGGUCGCCGAGCGCGCCAUUGCCGAGGCCAACGGCAAGGACGCCGGCGGCGACCGCAAGCUGCGCGUCGCCCCCUUCAAGCCCCGCAAGCAGCGCGAGCAGGAGCAGGAGGAGCGCACCAAGAACUUCACCAACGUCUACGUCAAGUCCCUGCGCCGCGACGCCGACGAGGAGGAGCUGGGCAAGCUCUUUGAGCCCUACGGCGACAUCACCUCCAAGGCCCUGCGCACCUACAAGCUCAAGGACACCGAGCGCCCCUACGGCUUUGUCAACUUUGCCGACACCGAGGCCGCCCAGAAGUGCGUCGAGGAGGGCGAGAUGCACCAGCGCGACAUCUUCUACGUCGACGGCAUGGCCUUUGAGGAGGGCAAGAAGGUCGAGGACUUUGUCAAGACGGUUGAGGAGUGCGCCGGCAGCGAGGUCGAGCGCCACCACCUGCAGGUCGCCGACGGCAAGCUCUCUGGCUUUAUCCUCUUCAAGGAGCACGGCGAGGAGACGGUCGACAAGGCCAUGACGGGCCUUCCUGAGAAGAUGGAGGCUGCAACCGACCACAUCUCCAAGGCCAAGCUGUACGUGCAGCGCGCCCAGAAGAAGCAGGAGCGCAUCCGUCGCCUUCGCCGCAGGCUGCAGGAGCGUCGUCGCGAGCUCCGCCAGCGCGGUGGCAACCUCUUUGUCAAGAACUUCAACGAGAACGUGACGGAGGAGGACCUGCGCAAGUUCUUUGAGGAGUGCGGCCACGUCAUGAGCGUCAAGGUGAUGCGCGACAAGGAGGGUGUCUCGCGCUGCUUUGGCUUUGUCACCUUUGCCACGCGCGAGGAGGCCGAGUCUGCCAUUGCCAAGAAGAACCGCCAGCCACUGCAGGACCGCCCCAUCUACGUUGCCUUCCACCUCACGCGCCAGGAGCGCCAGGCCCGCAAGCAGCAGCAGCACCCACAGCACCCACAGCAGGGCAUGUACAUGUACCCGCAGUACCCCGGCAUGCCCAUGGGCGCGUUUGGCCCCGGCUACUACAACCCGCAGAUGAUGAUGGUCAACCCGCAGAUGCCGCGCGCCAUGAACUUCCCCGCGCAGGCCGGCAACCGCGGCGGCCCUGUCGGCGGGCCAAACCGCUACAUGCAGCAGCAGAACAGGCCCAUGCCGCCACAGGCGCAGCAGCAGAUGGCGCGCAACCCACAGCAGUUCCGCCAGCAGUUUGCCGGGCAGCAGCAGAUGCCGCCACAGCAGCAGAUGCAGCAGAUGCAACAAGAGGCGCCCCAGGGCCAGCAGCAGCAGCAGCAGGCCCAGCAGCAGAUGCAGCUGCCACAGGACGUGACGUCGCAGCUUGCGCACAUGGACGAGGAGCAGCGCCGCCGGUACCUCGGCGAUAUGCUGUACCACCGCGUCGCAAACAUUGACAAGGAGCGCGCCCCCAAGAUCACGGGCAUGCUGCUUGCGUACGACGCCGGCCACCUGAUGAACCUGCUGGCCAGCGACGCAGCCCUUCGCGAGCAGGUCAUGCUUGCCCAGAACAUCCUCACCGGCAACGCCGCGGCGCCCGCCAACCAGCAGCAGCAGGGCAACCAGCAGCAGCAGCAGCCCGCACAGCAGCCCGCACAGCAGGCCAACCAGCAGGCACCGCAGCAGCAGGCCGCGCAGGCCGCACAGUAAGCGCUUGGCGUCUUGAGCGCGUGCGUGCAGCUUGUGUUGCGUUUGCGUGUUGUUGUGUAUACGAGUGUCACCACCUCCUUGUCUGCCUUGUCUGCCUUGUCAAGACGGCACUUUCCAUGCCUGGCUCGCUUAGCGGCGGCAGUUGGUGUCUUGCGUGAGCUUUUGUCUGUAUCUUUGUCUUGUUUCACUGCCUUGGUGUUCUUCUUGUUCUUUAAUCCUCCUUUGGGAAAGGGAGAGGGAACAGUCCCAUGCGAGACAAUACAACGUGAGACACAACAACAACUAGCACA